CUUGCAGCUCCUUAACCUUACAUGGACUUACAGGCUGCAUGUAAACGCUGUACACCUCAGGCUGGUUUAUAUGAGCGGAACUGUCCUGCCAGCCAAUUGCAAGCGCAUACGACAUAAGACGCAUUCAUCUGGCUAUCAGCUGGCUCGGCAGAGCACUAAUGGCCAGCAAACACGUCAACAGUGCCUUAAACGAUUUCUAAUCGUAAAUCUGCUACUUGUGCUUUAUGCAUGGAGCGUGAUCGAGGCGAAGCCAUGCUCGCCAGGAUGCACCAAGCAUGGGACUUGCAAUCAUGAGCUUGGAAGGUGUGAUUGCCCCCGAAAUCUGACCGGCGACAACUGCGAUGAGCCCAUCAAGCCCCUGGCGCGCGUCUGCAAGCACAACGGCUUCCCCAGUCUUGAGGAGUGCGUCGCGGAGACACCACUCCGAUGCCUCAACGCGUGCAACAGACGGGGCAGAUGUUACGGGGGCUGGUGCCACUGCCAUGAAGGCUACUACGGCGCAGACUGCUCCCUCUCCCUAGAUGCCAACGGAAGGCCUGAGCAGCUGGCUGGCAUGGGCUUCAGCGCCGCGCCGGGCCCCCCCCGCAUCUACAUCUACGAGCUGCCUCCGCGCUUCACAACACACAAGAACCUGGACCGCUUCGACCGGCCGCUGUUCGCGCACCUGUGGAAGCGCAUCAUCAGCUCCGGCCACCGCACCACGGACGGGGCGGCGGCGGACUACUACUACGUGCCCGUGGACUUCAGGUACAUGUUUUCGGAGGCGCUGCUGGUGCUGCAGUACAUCCAGCAGACGUGGCCGUACUGGAACGCCACGGGGGGAGCCCGGCACUUGCUGCUGAGCACCAGCGACCUAGGCGGCUGCGAGGGCAAGCAGCUCAUGCGUAUCCGCAACCUCACGGCGCAGGCGGUGUGGGUGACGCCCUGGGGCCUCACACGCAAGCACCCGCGCGUGUGGUGGCCGGGCUGCCACCGGCCCGGGCUGGACGUGGUGAUUCCCAUUCCCGCGCAGACGAAUGGCAUGCUGCGCACGCCGCUCAACCCCAGGGUUACACCCCUGGAGCGCAACACCACGUUCUACUUCUCAGGCAAGAUCUGCGGCGACAACCGGGACCCGCGCGCCGACACCUCCUCCUGGCCCGUGUGCCAGACAGCCACCAACCCCCUCUACAGCGCUGGUGUACGGCAGCAGGUAUACUAUCACCACUCCAAGCGUCCGGGGUACAUUGUCGUACCGCGGAGUAGGUCGUACGUGCGGGACAUGUCGACUGCCAAGUUCUGUUUGGCGCCAACGGGAGGUGGACACGGGAAACGGCAGGUGCUGGUGGCUCGCUUCGGCUGCAUCCCCGUGCCCAUCACCGACUACGUGCUGCAGCCCUUCGAGCCGGAGCUGGACUGGGAGGCCUUCAGCGUCACCGUCAAGGAGGAGGACGUGCCCCGCCUGCACACAAUACUUGGGGCCAUCAACGACACGAAGCUGAGUCAGAUGCAGAAAUCUCUGGCAUGCGCCUCAAAGCACCUGUGGUGGAGCAGCCUGUGGGGCGGCAUCUUCGGAGACGACGGCCGCUACGACGCCUUCGCGACCCUCAUGGAGAUCCUGCGCGUGCGGCUGCUGCACCCGGGCGCCCCGCCGGAGCAGUACCGCCAGCUGGACGAGCGGUUCAGGCGCUUCGCGGACUGCGAGCUGGAUGACGAGCCGCCGCGCAACGUGAGCCUCUGCACGUACGGCUACGACCUAGGACUGGAAGGCAUAGCACCCACGCCGUACUGCGAGUGGCGCAAGUAUGGCAAGUACGGCAUCCCUGGAGGCGCAAUAUGCGAGGGAGCGCUCAACAUUGCUGCAUGUCCCCGGCCCUGGCAAUAGCACUAGUAGGCCAUGUCGUUGAGGGUUCUGUAGAUGUAGCAGUAGCAGGGGACUCGUUCUGCUGCUGUCAUUGCGGUGGUGGGGUGGUGGGGGAAUGCUACCGGCUUCUAGGGCAGACAAUCAGUUGCGGGAGUAAGAUAAGUCAGGGCUGGGACUCGCUUAGCUUGGUGGUGAUGAUCUGGCGGGUGCGACAUCUAGGAGUUCGAGGCCGGCACAGCCGUGCUGUGGAUGCUUCUACAGUUGACGUACAGUUGACGGUUAGCGGGCAUGCAGAGUACCAAAAGUGCUUUCAUGUAAUCCAAGGCAUAGAAUAGCAUGUUGAGAGGCUGCAACGUAGCUGUAUGGAUCCAUAGGUUGCCUAGGAACCUGCACGAGGAGAAGCAAUUGCCGGCCAUCUCGGGGGAUGUUUUCUUCUAUGAAUAGUCCCCCUAGCUGGUGGUAAGGCGGGCCGCCCAUGAAGGUGCAGUGCGGCAAAGAGAAGCGGCCAACUUCUGCAGCUGUAAGACUACACUUCCUAC